AUGCUACUUUUUCGAAGAUCAAUUCCUCUCAUCAUCAUCCCACAGCAAACAGCCCGCCUUCGACGCUCGCUCUCAAUGCCACCAAAACUCCGUUCUCCCCUCUCAAAACAGGUCGGCCCUUUCACAGAAGCUGUCUUUUUCUGUCCGUCAUGCUCAAUAUGGCGUUGCUCAACCCCCUUGCGGACCGCCGCCCACUCACGCUACCGGAAUUUUAACCUUCGCCGAGCCCGUUCCGCAUCGACUUUCGUGCACCAAUCUGCAGCUGCACACGCAGUGAAUAUCAAGAGAAAUAUACCAGAGCGGUUCCAAGAACUAUACUCCGCGUUAAACAAUGUCCAUGAUACCGCUUCCAACCAUGUCAAUUCGAGCAGGCUGCAAUUGGCGCUGAGGGGCUUGGAGACAACGAGGCCUGUGAUUCGGGUUGCUGCUACGGCACCCAGGCUUGUCCGACUACUGCUGGCAGAUCCCCUGAGUCCAAAACAACAAUGGGAGGAUUAUUUGGAAGCACAUCGGAUGGAUAGAUCCGGCAGCUUAUUGAUAAAGUAUGGAGAACAAACAGAUCUCGCAGUGGAGAACAGCCUCGUGCCAACCAUAUCGAUCCCCUCGAGAGUGCUGAAAUCAGCCAACUUGGAGAUUCUUCUUUCACACCUCAGUACGAACGCGGGUUCGGAUGCCCAAAUCACUAGUAACACAUUCCUUGUUCCAACAAUUGCCAUCCAAUCGACUAGUACAGGCACCCAUACUUUCGUCAGAUACCCUGUUCAUAAGAGCAUUGUUUAUGGAACGGGCAUUGAUGGGCUGGUAGCAUAUACAAAACUAGCGGAACGUGCGAACAUCACAGACACGGAUUCAAUAUGUGCAACAUUUGACUUCGAAAUAUUAGGCCAGGGUUCGGCCCAGAGGAGGAAUGGUGUCUCUUGUGUUGAUCCCCAUCGUGCAGAGGCGGCAUUGAAUAUGUUUCGCGAAUCCGCCCAAAACGCUACGGAAUACGAGAGAGGGUGGUCGGGAAGUGGGGUGCAGCCGCUGAUAGAUUGGGUGUCUGCCCCUCCGGAUGAUGCCGCUCUAGAUCCGUCAAUUAAGAAACUUGUUGGGUCAUUGCUCGAUGGGGUUGAAGAAAGCAUUAGUGCUGAAGAAAACAAAAAGAUACUGGUGCAGCAAGCCAGGAACGUUCCAGAAGAAGUACGACUGGAUUUGGACAGGACAGUCACAACGUGGGCUGAACGUGCGCAUACAGAACUUCGCGACUCGCUCAACGACGGAUUUGCAAGCAAACCGUGGCGGGAUCUAGCUUGGUGGAAGCUGUUUUGGCAUGUGGACGACGUGGGAAUGGUCACCUCCCGGAUAUUAAGGACGAAAUGGCUUCCAGAGGCGGAGAAAGAGGUGAUCUGGAUUGGUGGGAAAAUUCAUCAGGCAGGGCUAUUGAACAACAAUACAUAUACUACAGCCAAAAUUCAGGAAUCUCCAGAUAUCAGGGUACCCCAUACUGGGGAUUCGUCUUCAGUGUCCCCUGAGAAGCCUUGGCCAUCCCAAAUCCCAGACAUUCGGGGCCGUCUUACAACCUCCAGCGUACCCUCCUUACAUGCCGUCGCACAAAAUCUUGUCUUCUUCAGCUUGUCAACAACAUCACUCAGUGCCGCACUGUCUACUUUGGUAUACAUUUCCACAUCCAGUGCAUCUAUAUACGAAGCCGGCACAAUCGCAACAAUUGGUCUCUUCAUUUCGCUACGCCGGCAACAGAAGGGAUGGGAUGCUACACGCAGCCUGUGGGAAUGCGAGGUCCGCGAGGAAGGCCGCCGCGCAUUAAAGGUCACUGAAGAGGAUUGCGUACCAUCAUUCACGAGGGCGGACGGGUUCUCGAAGCAGCUCCUGAAAUCGAAGUCAGGCAACAAGUCAGCAAAGCUCGUCAAGCUCUCUCAUAUGUAA